CCUCCCGCCCUCUGCGCCGCCGCCGGGAGAGGCCUUUUUAUUCAGGCGACGCUUAAGGGAGCCCGGCUGCGCCCGGUGCAUUGUGGGAGCGGCGGAGUCCCGUUCGCGGGAGGAGGCGGAGGGCGCAAAGCGAACCGGUGGAUCUAUAAAGAAACCAGCUGCGUAGGAGAGGGAGGGGAGGAGCCCGGCCGUGAGGUGUGUGGGCCCAAGAACCAUGUCUGCACGGGAGUCCUUUAACCCGGAAAGUUAUGAAUUGGACAAGAGUUUCCGGUUAACCAGAUUCACUGAACUGAAGGGCACUGGCUGCAAAGUGCCCCAAGAUGUCCUGCAGAAAUUGCUGGAGUCCUUACAGGAGAACCACUUCCAAGAAGAUGAGCAGUUUCUUGGAGCAGUUAUGCCAAGACUUGGCAUCGGCAUGGACACCUGUGUUAUUCCUCUGAGGCACGGCGGCCUUUCCUUGGUUCAAACGACAGAUUACAUUUAUCCCAUCGUCGACGACCCUUACAUGAUGGGCAGGAUAGCCUGCGCCAACGUCCUCAGUGACCUCUACGCCAUGGGGGUCACGGAGUGCGACAACAUGCUGAUGCUCCUUGGAGUCAGUAAUAAAAUGACCGACAGGGAAAGGGAUAAAGUGAUGCCCCUAAUUAUACAGGGUUUUAAAGAUGCAGCAGAGGAGGCAGGCACGUCUGUAACGGGCGGCCAAACAGUGCUAAACCCCUGGAUUGUUUUAGGAGGUGUGGCUACGACUGUCUGCCAGCCCAACGAGUUUAUCAUGCCAGAUAACGCAGUGCCGGGUGAUGUGCUUGUACUGACAAAACCUUUGGGGACGCAAGUGGCCGUGGCCGUGCACCAGUGGCUGGAUAUUCCUGAGAAGUGGAAUAAAAUCAAGCUAGUGGUCACCCAGGAGGAUGUGGAGCUGGCUUACCAGGAGGCGAUGAUGAACAUGGCUAGGCUCAACAGGACAGCGGCAGGACUCAUGCACACGUUCAACGCCCACGCGGCUACUGACAUUACGGGCUUCGGGAUUCUGGGCCACGCACAGAACCUGGCCAAACAGCAGAGGAACGAGGUAUCCUUUGUGAUUCACAACCUUCCCGUCCUGGCCAAGAUGGCAGCUGUGAGCAAGGCCUGCGGAAACAUGUUUGGGCUCAUGCAUGGGACCUGCCCAGAGACAUCAGGCGGCCUCCUGAUCUGUCUACCGCGUGAGCAAGCAGCUCGAUUCUGCGCAGAGAUCAAGUCCCCCAAGUAUGGUGAAGGCCACCAAGCAUGGAUUAUUGGGAUCGUGGAGAAGGGUAACCGCACAGCCAGGAUCAUAGACAAGCCCCGGAUCAUUGAGGUCGCACCGCAGGUGGCCACCCAGAAUGUGAACCCCACGCCCGGUGCCACCUCGUAAUCUAGGCCAAGGCAGCUGUGUGGUUUUGUUUUUAAAUAGCUCUAUUUCCUUUAUCAUCAUUUCAAUUAAAGACUAUAAACAACAACGAAAAAUCUCAUUGUGUCUACACAUCUGGUGACCUUAGGUCGAUUUGUGAGUGGAUGCAAUUAAUCAAAUAAAAUCCAUUGCCUUUUUUUCCCGUUACAUUAACUGAAGAUGCACCUAAUCUUGAGGCAGCUUCUGAGUUGAGAAUUAUAUUGUUAUCCAAUACUGUUGAUUCAUUUUGAAUCUUUAGACACUUAUCUCUUGCCGAGUAGGCUCUUUUUAAAGGUGCUUUCAUGUAGCACAGACAUUACCUGUCGUAGUGUCAUAGCAGUUUGUGUCUUUUCAUUUUAUGUAUAUUUAUCAUUAUCAGCCUGAUCCUUUUUGAAGUGUCUGGAAUGGUAUUCUGGUGGUAUUCUGGAAAGACAGGCUUGGUGAGGGAGUGACACAGCAGUGUCCCGAUAGCAAGAGGGUUGCAUGAGUCCUUCUAGUCUUCUAAUUCAAGAGCAUCUCUUAGACCCAAGAGUGCAUUCAGCUAAACCAGGCAAGUGCUUAACUCUGCAUGGAAAGCACUUUGAAGACAAAAAAGAAAUGUUCUUUCUUUCUUUUUUUUGUAGCCUUCCUAAUACUUGCAGUAGUAUCAUUAACUGUUUUCUUUAUUGAUAGCAAAAAAGGACACUUUUUGCAAUGUAAUUAGAUGUUCAAUAGCACAGCAAGGAAUUGCCUCUGAAAGGGGGUUCAUGUAUAAUACUCAUUUACAAGUCAGCAUAUAAUUAACUACACAAAUAAUUUUUAAAUAUAAUCAAUAAUAAAGACUGUUCUGUGGAUAGUCGUGUUUAAUACAUUUUAUAUUUUGUAUAGUGAUUUCAGACCUUUUGUUUCCUUAAAAUCCAGCUGUUUAGCCUGAUUCUUAGCAUUAUUUUGUCCUUUGCGCCAGUACUUUUCCGUGCACGCUUCCUGUGAUCUGUGUGGAAACCUGCAUUGGCCAACCAUGCAGCUUGAACUUCAACUUGUUAUUCAAAUAAAUAUUUAAUUUUUUUUAUUGCUCUUGUAUAAUCAGAUGCCCCAUUUAGUAUUAUUUUAGAAGCAUCAAGAGGGUUUUGGCUAAAAUACAAUUUAUUGGGGGAAAACUAGAUUUUAGUUUUAUAAAACUUUUAAGUCUUUCACGGGACCUAUAUUUUCUUGAAUUAAAUUUUGUAGUUCUAGAACAAAUAGGUGAUCUAAAAAGGUGUUUAUCCGUGUUCGUUAAAAACAGAGGCUUCCUUUUAUUUUCACCUACUGAACCAGUAGGAGAGGCUCCUCUCCUCACGUGUCACACUGUCCCUGCAUGUCCCACCGCCCGCUUCUGAGCGCUUCCUGCCUACAGGCACCAAAGUCGAGAAUGGCUCAACUUCUUGCCAAAGGAAACCACCACGCGGGAGCAAAGCCCUGGAAGAGGCUCUACCGUGGACACGUCCUCCAGGAGCCAAAGCGCAGCCUCUUCGCACAUGUUACUGGAACUCAAGCCAUUAACUUCAGUGUAUAGAACCAAGGGGCUGCAGCAGAACUGAAAUUAACUGGACAUUGGGUAGGGACUGAUGACCAUGUCGGUUCUCAGAAGCUACAAACUGGUCGUCUGCAAAAUAAAAUGUGUUGGAAACCUCUGAGUGAGAUGAA